AAGUGUUCGGUUUUAUUUUGGAGGAGUUGUCGCAGCGCAGGGAGGACAGCGAUGGGACACAGCCGAUAUUUACCCCAAAUAAAUCAAACUAAAGCCCGGACUCAGACGGUGGUGAUAGACAAGCGGUAGCUCCGGUGUUUUUUGUGGCUUUAGUGGUUAUUUGCUCGCGGGGUUUUAAAGGCAGAGGAAGAGGAAGUGUAACUUAGCAAGAAUUGUUCUUCCAGGGGGAGGAAGUUUGCGGUGGCGAAGGAAACAUAAUAGGAAACCGGGGAGGGCCGAAAUAUCCCGACAUGGAGGACUCCGGGUCGGCCCUGGAGAAAAAUGUGGCCGACCUCACGGUGAUGGACGUGUACGACAUCGCCGCGGUGGUGGGCCAGGAGUUCGAGCGGAUCAUAGACCAGUACGGCUGCGAGGCUCUGUCCAGGCUGAUGCCCAAAGUGGUGCGGGUCCUGGAGAUCCUAGAGGUGAUGGUGAGCCGGAGCAGCAUCAGCCCGGAGACCGAGGAGCUGCGGCUGGAGCUGGACAAGCUGCGGCUGGAGAGGAUAGACCGGCUGGAGAAGGAGAAGAGGCACAGAAAGGAGCUGGAGCUGGUGGAGGACGUGUGGAGAGGAGAAGCUCAGGACCUCCUCUCUCAGAUCGCUCAGCUGCAGGAGGAGAACAAAACGCUCCUCACCAACAUGUCCAUCAAAGACCCGAUGAGCGAGGAGGACCUGCAGCGGCACGAGGGUAUGACAGAGAGAGAGAGGCAGGUGAUGAAGAAGCUCAAAGAGGUGGUGGACAAGCAGAGAGACGAGAUUCGAGCCAAGGACCGUGAGCUCACGCUGAAAAACGAGGACAUAGAAGCACUCCAGCAGCAGCAGUCUCGCCUGAUGAAGAUCAACCACGACCUGCGUCAUAAGAUCUCGGUGGUGGAGGCUCAGGGGAAAGCCCUGAUCGAACAGAAGGUGGAACUGGAGGCCAGCGCUCAGGCGCGGGGCCAAGAAGUCGGCGCCCUUCGGCAGGAAAUCACACGUUUGAGGGAGCGACUCCAAGGAGAGCUGCCUCCCCAGAAUCCUGAAGAGCCCCCGCCUCAGCCUCCUUCACCUGCAGAGCAGCGUGGCAGAGCUGCUACAGUGGUGUUGGGGGCUGAGGGCUGGUCGGACAGACCCGACCUCUCUGAGCUGAUGUCAGGGGGGUUUGACCCCGCCCCGCGGCCCCUGGAUGAGGAGGCUGAGGACGAGGCGGUGUUGCUUUGGGAGGCGAUGUGCGAUGAGGACAUGCCUGCUGUGUUCCAAUAUUUUACCAAGGAGGCGCUGUGCGAGGAGGAGACCGGAGGAGGCCUGGACCCAAAGGACCCCAACCGGCCCCGGUUCACCCUGCAGGAGCUGAGGGACGUCCUCCACGAGAGGAACGAGCUCAAGGCCAAAGUCUUCCUGCUGCAGGAGGAGCUGGCCUACUACAAAAGUGAUGAGACAGAAGACGAGGUUGUUACUCCGUCUCCGUCUCCUUCGCCUGAACUGAGGACUCGCUCCCGAUCUGCUGCACAGCCAGAGUCAGGAAUCAAACGCCUGUUUAGUUUCUUCUCACGCGACAAACAGCGGACUUCGCAGCGGAGUGCGCAGUUUGACGGCGGCUUCGGCUCAUGGGCGGGGAAAGACGACGUGUACACAGAACAAGCCCAGGAGGCGUUACAGCACAUGUAGUCACUGGACGCGGGGACUUUGUGUCGAGGUUCCUCAGACUCCCAGAAACUCUUUAAUGCUCCCCAUGUUCAUCACCCGAGGCCGGCUCGUGACCCAUCGACUGCACACCAAAACCACCACUAGUGACUCACACCGCAGCUGAAAUAUCAUGUGCUUCAGGUGAGAGGACUGACAGGAAGAGAACAGAUAAAAAGUUUAUUUAUCUCAGUGAGCGAUGGCACAUAGACUGUUCUCCUUUAAAUGUUUUGGUGCCUGAAGGAUUUUGCAGAAUCAGACAGAGAGAGAAGGUAAACUCAAGUUGUGGGAUGGAAAGUAGGAAGUUGUUGAUAUGUUGCUCAAAGUCCAGAGUGAAAAGCAGGUGGAAAUGUCUACACAGAUGAAGGUUUGGGACACAAAAGUGUGCGAUAAAUUUUCUGCCCAACUCCAGGUGUUAAUAGAAAACAGAGUUUAGUUUUAAAGGGUUUGCAAUUAAAUAAAAAAGGAGGGUUUUAUUACAAUCCCUACAGAAAUUAAAAGACAAACCUGCAGAGAAAACAAACAAUCACUGAGAUUUAAAAACACUUUCAUGUCCCGUUAAUUUAUUUGAAAUCUCCUGUCCUUGUUCGUGUGGGCAGCUCGUUUGUCCGUCACCAGCAUUCUGCCAAUUUGAACUAUGCAGCUCUGCACAUUUAAAAAGCACAGAGGCCUGUUUAUAAAAUGUUGCAUAGAACCACAUUUAAAAGAUAAAAACACUUAAAGGUGCUUUUAUUCAUAAUACACUGUAAGAAUAUGUAUGGAAGCCCAUUUCUGCCAAGAAAAUAAAAAGUAAAUAUAGUUUAAAAGAUAAAAAUACUCAUGGGUUUGACGUAUUUAUCAAGUCUUUGACUUAGUAUUAAAAGUCUAAUAAUUUUCACGUAGUAUAUCAGUUUUUAUAUCUCAUAAUUUGUCAAAACUGUGAUAACUUGACAUCCUGCCACAUCAUUCUGACUAUAAUAACAAUAAUAUUAUAGUAAAUUCUUAUAAUUUUGACUUACCAGCUCAUAAUUUGAAUUUAUCAAGACAAAAUAUCUCAUAACUUUGACACAUUAUGUAAUAUUUUUUUGUAAAUAAUCAUAGUUUUAACACAGAAUUUUAUAAUUCAUUAUUAUAAUUAAAAACAGUUUUUCUCAGUAAAUAAUCAUAAUAUUGUCAUGGUAUUAAAAUCAUGAGAUUCAAAGUCAAAACUUAAAGAAUAUUUUUCUUUCCCUGGCAGAAAUGGGCUUCUAUAAUCAUAAAGUUUACAGUAUUCUUCUGUCUAACUCACAGUUAUUAUGAAAUGAAGACAUAUGUCCACUUCAUAUCAGAGCAAUAGAUGCAGUGUGUGAAUUCAGCACCAAAUCUGUCACUGCUUCACCGUAUCACCAGCUGAACCAAAGCAGGUUACAAUAAGUGACCUUCCUCUUUGGUGAUUAAGCAAACACAUGCAGUAUAUAUUAAAAAAAACAUCUUACUCUCAUCGCAGGUUCCUCAUGGCCUUUAAACACUGAGUUUUACAAAAGCAGAAUUAUCAGUAUUAAACUUCAGGAGCUGCAGCAGCUGCCUGUACGAGACUUUACCUCUUAACUUAUUUAUGUUUUUAAUAAAACGGAGGAGGAAAGUGAUGAUUUUAAUCAUCCUGUGCUGAGAAGCUGAGUUAAAUCUUAUCACAGCAGCUUAAAGUCUAAGUCUGGUGAUUCUUUAGUAUAUUUUCCUUAUUGUCAACAAAUCCCACACUGUCCUGUGGCCCCAAACACCCACCCUGCUAAAAUAAUCCCCAACAGAUUACUCCUGUAACACUCCAUAAAAACAACAGUGCCCUGUGGCUUUAAGAAAUUAUUUAAGGUUUAAAAAGAUGAAAUUAAAUAUUUGUGAAGUGUUUUUAAAGAUUUACAUCUUCAGUCGGAACUAAAAGUUUGUUUUUGGUCUUUUCAUCAUUGGAUUUGUUGACACUAAUAAAAAUAUAUGAUAUCACCAGCCUUAUUCUUUAAAAUCAUUAGUGUCUUCCAGUAAAUUUAGCUUGUAUAUGAGCCACAAAUAAAGCUAGUUUUUUAAUAAAAGGACAGUUUAAAAAACACUCUUGUUGCUACUAAAAGAAAACAGUAAUUUUGUGUGAUUUUCCACAAAGUAAGGCAGCAUUAAAGCUAAACUGUAAUUAUUUUUAAUACCUUAUUCUACACUCCACAUAUCUGCUUUUGCCACAGAUCAUGUAGAAAAUACACAGCUAUAUACUCACAAGUUUACGUUUUUUAGGGAAUUACCUAAUAAAAUGUGCUUUUAUGCAUCAUUUGUACAAGGCCUCACAUAUAAACAUGGUUUCAAGCUAAGAAAAAAAACAGUAUGCUAUUUUAUUACAGAGUAAAAUCAUGAAAUUAUAUUUAAAUAUUGCUCAGAUUGUGUGAAGGAGAUUGCUGAGAAGUAAGAGCAUCAGAAAAGCUCCAGCCUGGUUUCAAAAAAUGGUUAAAACAAAGCUAAUAAAGCUGAAGUGCCGAGUGUGAUUUACAUUUUUUUAAAAAGCUAAUUGGUGGUUGAUGCUUCUGCGUUUAUAGCCUGCCUUCACACUUAACACUGACUGGUGUCUUUACCCCCAGAGAGGCAGUGAAUGACUGUGGUGUGACCAGGUGUGUUUUAAUACGUAGUGGUACUUUAUCUUCAUUUAUAUUCACCCUGCGAGGUUGAAUAAAUGAAAGUAAAACACCAUAAUGAGGCUAAAAACAAGUGUGUCAACGAGUGUCAAAGCAGCUACCCUUGUUUUACAUAUUCACAGAUACAAUGAAAUAACAAUACCUGUUGCAGUAGAGUAUUAUGUUCUAGACUGUAUCUGGAAGUCAAAGGGAUCUGGAAAAAAAUGUACACAUGAAGAAUUUAAAUAAUGAAACAUUUAAAGGGAAAUAAGGUCAAAAAAGGCAUCCUGUCCCAAAUCUGGUUCUUCAGCUCGUUAUUUAAGUCAGUGUUGAUCACCAUCUCUCAUGUGCUUCCUUGAGUCUUCUAUGAACCCAAUUAAAAUGGAUAUUUAAAAGAUAUAAUGAAUGGAUCAGUGCUUUAUUAAAUAAACUGGCUUUUAUUCAAAUGUGUCUCCUGAACAAUAAAAUCUCUGUAAUGUUA